AUGAUUUUCUUCAUUAUUGUACUGUUCUCCAAAAGUUAUUCAGUUUAUAGUCAAUGUCCCACAAGCCAACUAAUUGAUGCUGCUUACUUCAGUGCCGAAGUGCCAAGAUUGAGAAAAAUGCUUGGAGGUCAUACAGAUGUGGAUAUCAUUUUCCCAAUGUUCAAAGAGGGAUCACCAUUUGGAGAUGUGGUAAUUCAAUGCCCGUGCGAUUUGGAAUGCCAUGACUUUGAUUCCUUUUUUACAAGAGCAUGCAGGUGGCACAACGAGAAAAAUGGUUGCUUUGGAACUGGAGAUGAGUUGGAUUUCAUCAGAAUGCGUGGAGCAUGGGGACGUUCUGGAGAGAGUGCCUUUAUGACUAGUGACAAGCCAGAUGGAUUUUUCUUGUUGGUUGGUGUUCAACAAAAACUGCCGGAGAUGUAUUCUGCAAUGUUAGUUAGUGAUCCAAUACAGUGCCAGCAAGGAGAUGGAAUAGUUCGCUUUCGACAUUGGACGUCUCCAGGAGUAAAGAUUAGAGUUUGCAUCAGACCCCCAUCUCGACGACGAUACUACUCUUGGUGUAGUGACCCGGUGAAACGAAAACCAGAAAAAUCAGCGGUAGUUGUGAUUCCUGGAAGUGUUCUGACAAUGUUCGAGAUAGUCAUUGAGGCAUACGGUUUCACGCUUGAUGCAUUUGGAGUUCAAGGGGGAGCAGCCGCCAUCGACGAUAUUUCAUAUAAUACAACGGCGAUUUAUCAGUGUCAAAUGAUCCCCCACAUACCGACACUUCAAAAUGUCACAAAGUCCGUGUGCAACGCAAUGAAAUGUGACUUUGACACUGGCGACUGCUUGAAAAAACUGGGAAAGAAAUGGGAGAUUAGUGAUGAAGCAGUUGGACCAAAGCCCACUGGCAUUUUGAAACCUCUCGAGGGAGAAUUUGGAUAUGUAAAUGGACCUGGUGAUGCAACACUGUCUCUUGGAAAACUUCAAAUUCCAAGAACUUAUGGUUUGCAGUUCUGCUAUUUCUCGGAAUCCAUCGGAACUGACUUUGAAGUCAUUUUAAGACCAGAUGAUUCAAAAGAGAAACUAGUAUUGUACAAUGUCACUUCGGUUGACCGAUUUUCUCAAGAAUGGCAAUGCAAACGAGUUUUCCUGUCCGUGAAUGGAACCAUCGACUUCUCCGUACGAAACCUUCGUAAUAAGUUCUCCUAUUUUGGCCUCGACCAGAUAGACUUGUUUGAUCCGCUAACAAGUGCUUCAGCUUGCGAUUUUUGA